AUGUGGUUCUGUUUUCCUGGUGAUAAACUUGGACUGUGCCUGAAGCACAACUCCCGCAGCACAUCUCCAGCAGCACAACUCCAGCAGCACAUCUCCAGCAGCACAUCUCCCGCAGCACAUCUCCCGCAGAACAUCUCCAACUGUACAUAUCCAGCAGCACAUCACUCGCAGCACAUCUCCAGCAGCACAUCUCCCGCAGCACAUCUCCCGCAGAACAUCUCCAACUGUACAUAUCCCGCAGCACAUCACUCGCAGCACAUCUCCAGCAGUACAUCUCCAGCAGCACAUCUCCCGCAGCACAUCUCCAGCAGUACAUCUCCCACAGCACAUAUCCAACUGUACAUAUCCUGCAGCACAUCAACCGCAGCACAUCUCCAGCAGCACAUCUCCAGCAGCACAUCUCCAGCAGCACAUCUCCCGCAGCACAUCUCCAGCAGUACAUCUCCCACAGCACAUCUCCCACAGCACAUAUCCAACUGUACAUAUCCUGCAGCACAUCAACCGCAGCACAUCUCCAGCAGCACAUCUCCCGCAGCAGAUCUCCAGGAGCACAUCUCCAGCAGCACAUCUCCUACAGCACAUCUCCAGCAGCACAUCUCCCGCAGCCGUCGGCCAGGAUGGAUCAUGGUGAGACAUAUCACACCGAAUCUUGCUUGGCCAGCCCUCACUGAACUCUCUAACAAAAGGUCCCAGCAAGUGCUGAGCGUGCGCCAUAGAAGUCCAUUACGUGUGGGAUUUAGUGUGGCAGCACUAUUCAACCUCAAGAUGUUAGGCUUUCACUCGAGCACUAACAUUUCACUUCACACUUGUAACAUUGAAGUAGAAAUAGUAGCAAUAUGGAUUUCACACUAG